AUGGUAUUUGUAUACGGAUUCGUGAACGUGCACGCAAAGAAUGCUCGCAGCGUCAGCGAGGAGUUCAGCUCGGGCUGCGAGGGCCGUUCGGGCUCCGGGGGCGGCUCCACCGGGGCGCCCGCCGACCAGGACCACCGGCCAGACCACAAGCAGCACCGUGAUCGCACCCCGGAUGAUAGAGACGAAGAAGUGGUGAAGGUGUACGACGGCGAGGCGGCGUGGUCCCGCCGGCUGUACCGGCCCGUGGUGGUCGGCAGGAACUGGAACGAGCGCGAGCUGGUCUCGGCGGCCCUGCGCGCCUUCCACGUGGCCCGCGACCCCGAGCAGUUCGAGCUGACGGACGCGCUCGCCGGCGACGAGCCGCCGCUCAAGGACCCCACACCCCUCGCGAGGGUCACGCGCCUGCCCAACAAGAGGCCGGCGCUUUUCCUGAGAUUCAAGGAACCUGAAAGCGGCGGGGGCGAGGUGCGAGUGUACCCUGGCCGCGUGGCGGGUGCCGGUGACACCUUCGUCACUGUCCCCUGCUCCGGCGAGCACGCUGUCGCCGACCUGAUGGCGGCGGCCCUGGAGCGCUUCGGCCUCGACCCAGAGAGGGCAGUGCCCGACUACCGCUGCUCGGAAAUCCUGCUCGAUAGAGGCGUGUCGGAGCGCGUCCUGGAGGAGGACGAGAGGCCGUGGCGCAUCGUGGUGCGGCUCGCGCGCGAGUCCGUCCGCCGCAUGGAGCUCGCCCGCUUCUACCUGCAGCCGCGCCGCGACCCCCACGGGCCGACGCUCGCGCUCUUCGUGGCCUCGCUGCCCCCGGGACUCUCCGAACGCAACUACGAGAACAUACUGGUCGAGUUCCUUGGCACAGAGAACAAGUUCACGUCGAUCGGGCCGAUCUAUUACGAGUACGGCUCUAUGGUCAUCACUUACGAGGACGCCAGCAAAGCUGUUCGCGCGCUUUACGCGCUCCGCGAGGCCAAAUAUGAAGAUAAGCAUUUAUUAGUGAUGCUGCUACCCAGCAUAGAGCCGUCGAUGGUGCCGUCUGGGGUGAAGCCGCUUCUGGUGUUUGUAAACGUGAAGUCCGGCGGCUGCCAGGGUCUGGAACUGAUCUCAUCGUUCCGGAAGCUCCUCAAUCCCUACCAGGUCUUCGACCUUGAGAACGGCGGACCGCUUCCCGGACUCUACGUGUUCCGGCACAUCCCCAACUACAAGAUCCUGGUGUGCGGCGGCGAUGGCACCAUCGGCUGGGUGCUGCAGUGCCUCGACAACGUGGGCCAGGACUCCCAGUGUUCGAAUCCGCCGUGCGCCAUAGUACCGCUCGGCACUGGGAACGACCUGGCCCGCGUGCUGCGCUGGGGCUCCGGCUACACUGGCUACGAGGACCCGCUGUCGCUGCUGCGUGACGUCAUCGACGCCGAGGAGAUCCGCCUCGACCGCUGGACCGUGGUCUUCCACCCGGAGGACAAGCAGGACGAGCCCAAGGAGCUCUCCAAGCAGCUGCCCGGGUCGCAGAGCGAGGACAACUCCCAGAUCCUCGUGAUGAACAACUACUUCGGCAUCGGCAUAGACGCCGACCUCUGCCUCGACUUCCACAACGCGCGCGAGGAGAACCCAAACAAGUUCAACAGCAGGUUGCGCAACAAGGGUGUGUACGUGAAGAUGGGGCUCCGUAAGAUGGUCGGUCGGAAAAUGUGCAAAGACCUGCACAAGGCUGUGAGGCUCGAGGUGGACGGGAAGCCCGUGGAGCUCCCAGCGGUUGAGGGCAUCAUUAUACUCAAUAUACUCAGCUGGGGCUCCGGCGCCAACCCGUGGGGCCCGGAGAAGGACGACCAGUUCAACAAGCCGAACCACUGGGACGGCAUGCUCGAGGUCGUGGGGGUCACGGGGGUGGUGCACCUCGGCCAGAUACAGUCGGGGCUGCGCGGCGCCAUGCGGAUAGCGCAGGGGGGGCACAUUAAAAUAAACCUGAAGAGCGAGAUCCCGGUGCAGGUGGACGGCGAGCCGUGGGUCGCAGCGCCCAGCGAGGUGGUGGUCCUCAAGUCUGCCCUCAAGGUACAGCCCUCGCGUUCCACUGGUGCAUGCCGCUUCACCUCACAG